CCUUUCGAACUCCAAAUGCCAUUGUCAAAAUCAUCUGGAAGAAAAGUUCUUUGUUUGUAAACAAGAUAAAUAUAAAUACAGAUAUUUUUAACUUUAAAUAAGCGUCUAUAGUGAAAAUUACACGCCUUUUGUGCAGUUUUUACCCAUGAUUAUAUAAACUAGACGUUAUAUUCUCUUCAUAAAGCUAGCAAUAGAAUGGAAGGAAUGGCAGAGAAAAAUAUAUCAAAAAAUAGUCUGUAUCCAGACCUUCCCACGCAUGAACCUCAUAUAGCGACUUUGUACAAUGAACCACUAACAGCAACAAACAGCAACCCUCCAAAUAAAAAUAAUACACCUCCUAUUACACAAAACAACCCUUCUUCUACGCCUCCCGAUUAUAACUCCCUAUAUCCCUCACUAGAAGACGAUAUUAAACCUUCACCAAUCCGUAAACACUACACCACAUUUCUUCAAGAAUACAUCGAAAAAAUCGAGGAAAUCAUCGAUAAAUUAAAAGAAAUCAGGACUAGAGCUGAAAAUUACCAUUAUAAAAACAACGUUGCCAAAUUAUCAGGCACGGUAGUGGGAACAACAGGAGUUGCACUGGUUGUAGGGUCUCUGGCAUGGGCCCCUGUGACUGCAGGAAGUUCCCUGAUACUAGGAGCAGGUGGAGCAGUUAUGUCAGUAACAGGCAGCCUGACUAAUGUGAUAACAGACUAUGUAGACUAUAAAACAACAGCAAUCAUUAUGGAAGAUAUCAAAACCCUCUCUAAAGAAAAAGAAAUGUUUGAUGUGUGGAUGCAAAAAAGUCUUUCCCACUUCAACGAGUGUAUUGAUCAGCUUGUCUCAGAAGGAGUAAGCAGGGAUGUUGCCAUUUCUACUAUAAUUGAAGGUAUAGCAAAAGGUGCUAUAAACAUUUUAGAAAAACCAACUAAUGCAGUUUUAACUACGUUGAGUACUGCCGCAAAAUUGCAUCAUUUAGAACAUAUUGCCAUUGGUACUUUGCCUGUUUUAGGCAAGACUUUCCAUAUAACUGAGAAGAGUUUUCAGUUUGUCUACAAUGUGCUGGGAUUAACAGGGAGAACUAUACCAACUUUAAUGAAGGACUUCGCCAAAAUAUCAGGAAUUUUAUCUAUGGCAUUCGUAGUAGCCGAUAUAUCUUUACUCAUUAAAGAUCUGUCUUCAGAACAUCCCUCAGUAGAAAUCAUUGAUAAGGGACUCAAACAGUUAGAGGAUGAAAAAAAUAUUUUGGAAGACCUUUUGGACAUAAUUGUGGCAGCUGGAGGCUGUAAAGAACAUGUCUUAGAAAAGGCUCUGAAAGAUAUGGGAAUGAUAGAAGACGAAGAAUUAUUACUCAAAGAUUUCGUGGUUAAUGAUGAAGAAUUUCACGAAAAAGCUGGAAUUAAUGCACAGUGA